GCCACGAGGGGGCGGAGCCUGCGCCUGCUGCGCCGCGGUCAGUCGGGCGGUGGCGGCGGCGGAGGCGGCAGUGGCGGAGGGGGAUCCGCCGGGCUGAGGAGCGGACGCGGGGAGGCGGCUGAAGGAUCGCGACACAAUGAGGCGAGUGGUACGACAGAGCAAAUUCCGGCAUGUGUUUGGCCAGGCAGUGAAGAACGACCAGUGCUACGAUGACAUCCGUGUCUCUCGUGUCACUUGGGACAGCUCCUUCUGUGCUGUGAACCCCAGGUUUGUUGCAAUCAUCGUGGAUGCGAGCGGCGGCGGGGCCUUCCUGGUGCUGCCUUUGCACAAGACGGGCCGAAUUGACAAGUCCUACCCAACGGUGUGCGGGCACACAGGACCAGUGCUGGACAUUGACUGGUGUCCCCACAACGACCAGGUCAUCGCCAGCGGCUCUGAGGACUGCACUGUCAUGGUAUGGCAGAUUCCUGAGAAUGGGCUCACGCUGUCCUUGACAGAGCCAGUGGUAGUUCUAGAAGGCCAUUCGAAGCGAGUGGGCAUCGUGGCUUGGCACCCGACGGCGCGCAACGUGCUGCUCAGUGCAGGUUGUGAUAAUGCAAUUAUCAUCUGGAACGUGGGGACAGGUGAAGCCCUCAUCAACUUGGAUGACAUGCACGUGGAUGUGAUCUACAAUGUGAGCUGGAAUCGCAAUGGCAGCCUAAUCUGUACAGCUUCCAAAGACAAAAAAGUUCGAAUCAUUGACCCCAGGAAACAAGAAAUCAUCGCUGAGAAAGAGAAAACCCAUGAGGGAGCCCGGCCCAUGCGAGCCAUUUUCCUCGCUGAUGGAAACAUCUUCACGACCGGCUUCAGCCGCAUGAGCGAGCGGCAGCUGGCCCUCUGGAAUCCAAAAAACAUGGAGGAGCCAAUAGCCCUUCACGAGAUGGACACCAGCAAUGGGGUCCUGCUGCCAUUCUAUGACCCAGAUACCAACAUUAUUUACUUGUGUGGCAAGGGUGACAGCAGCAUUCGCUACUUUGAGAUCACGGAUGAAUCCCCCUAUGUUCACUACCUCAACACCUUCAGCAGCAAAGAGCCGCAGAGGGGAAUGGGGUUCAUGCCAAAGAGGGGCCUUGAUGUGAACAAGUGCGAGAUUGCCAGGUUCUUCAAGCUUCAUGAGCGGAAAUGUGAGCCCAUCAUCAUGACAGUCCCUCGAAAGUCGGACCUCUUCCAGGAUGACCUGUACCCGGACACAGCUGGCCCAGAGGCAGCGCUGGAAGCAGAAGAGUGGUUUGAGGGGAAGAAUGCUGAUCCCCUUCUCAUUUCCUUGAAGCAUGGGUACAUUCCUGGCAAGAACAGGGAUCUCAAGGUGGUCAAGAAGAAUAUACUGGAUAACAAACCUGCUGCAAACAAGAAAAGUGAUCUCAUAAGUGCUCCAAAGAAAGCAGCUGAUGCCUCAGACACUCAAAACGAAGCCAAAUUGGAUGAGAUUUUGAAAGAGCUGAAAUCCAUAAAAGACACCAUCACCAACCAAGACGAGCGCAUUUCCAAGCUGGAACAGCAGAUGGCGAAGAUCGCAGACUGAGCGGGGCUGGCGGGCGCUGCCAGCCCAACACAUUCCAGUUCCCCGGUUUGGCCAGCAGCAGCGUGCAGCAUUCCAGUACGAGCUUUCCUGUUCUCCCAAAUUCACGUCAACGAGAGCCGAUGAUUAAAGCCAAGCUUUUUAGUGAAAGAAGUUUUUUUUUUCCCUGAUGUUUUAAUGAAUUUAUGUGACUGUGUCAAACAAUUCAACGACAAUAAGUGCUACUUUUACAGUCUUUAUUAUUUUUUUUUUCACAGAUGUUAUGAAUUAUUGAAAAGAAACCCAUUCUGACUCUUUCCAUGUUGUGCCCAAAUAUCUUUUCUAGAUGUAGGGACCAAUGCCACAUUGUUCGUAACCAUUUUUUUUUUU